UUUGAUGAAGAGAGGCACCCAGUUAUCAUCACAGCAUAACACUACUCUCCUUUCUUGCUUCAUCCAUCGAUCGAUCGAUCAUAGAAAAAAAAAACAGAUAUAUAAUAGCCAAGGAGAGAGAGCAAGAACACAAAUUAAUGAAGAUGGGUGAAAACGUUGGUACUGGAAAGAACCAGCUUCAACAUCGCCAAGUGUUUGAUGUUUCGCUCGAUGUUCCUCAACAAGGCGGCUCCAAAUGCUUUGACGAUGAUGGACGUCUCAAGAGAACUGGAAAUGUUUGGACCGCUAGUGCUCACAUAAUAACAGCUGUGAUUGGUUCUGGGGUUCUGUCCUUAGCUUGGGCUACUGCUCAGCUUGGAUGGGUUGCUGGUCCUACUGUCAUGUUCUUGUUCUCCUUUGUAACUUACUACACUUCGACCCUCCUCACUGAUUGCUACCGUUCUGGUGACACUGUUACUGGCAAGAGAAACUACACUUACAUGGACGCAGUUCGAACAAAUCUUGGUGGAGCUAAGGUCAAGUUUUGUGGGAUAAUCCAGUACCUGAAUAUUUGUGGAGUGGCCAUUGGCUAUACUAUAGCAUCAUCUAUAAGCAUGAUGGCAAUCAAAAGGUCUAACUGCUUCCACGAGAGUGAUGGGAAAAAUCCUUGUAAAAUGAACAGCAAUCCUUACAUGAUCGCUUUUGGGAUAACCCAAAUCAUCUUCUCUCAAAUCCCAGACUUUGAUCAGCUUUGGUGGCUAUCCAUUGUUGCUGCAGUCAUGUCCUUCACAUACUCGACGAUUGGCCUCGGCCUUGGAAUCGCUAAAGUUGCAGAAAAUGGAAAAAUGAGUGGAACUAUGACUGGAAUAAGCAUUGGCACGGUGACUCAAACUCAGAAAAUUUGGAGGAGCUUCCAAGCACUUGGUGACAUAGCUUUUGCAUACUCUUACUCCAUCAUCCUCAUCGAAAUUCAGGACACAGUCAGGUCCCCACCAUCAGAAGCCAAAACAAUGAAGAAAGCUAGUUUAGUUAGUGUAUCAGUGACUACUCUUUUCUACAUGCUCUGUGGUUGUAUGGGCUAUGCUGCUUUUGGAGACAUGUCCCCUGGAAAUCUCCUCACUGGUUUUGGUUUCUACAAUCCUUACUGGCUCCUUGACAUAGCCAAUGCAGCCAUUGUAAUCCACCUCGUUGGCGCAUACCAAGUCUACUGCCAACCCCUUUUCGCCUUCGUGGAAAAAAAGGCAGUAGAAAUGUACCCUGACAGCAAAUUCAUCACCAAAGAAAUCAUAAUCCCCAUCCCGGGUUGCAGUCCUUAUAGGCUGAACUUCUUUAGACUAGUUUGGAGGACCAUUUUUGUGAUCAUAACAACCGUGAUCUCCAUGCUUCUACCCUUCUUUAACGACAUAGUUGGGCUUCUUGGGGCUCUGGGAUUCUGGCCUUUGACCGUUUACUACCCUGUGGAGAUGUACAUAGCUCAAAAGAAGAUACCAAAGUGGAGCACCAGAUGGCUUUGCCUCCAAACUUUAAGUCUGGCUUGCCUUAUCAUAACCGUGGCUGCUGCUGCUGGCUCAAUAGCUGGUGUGGUUCUUGAUCUCAAAUCCUAUAAACCCUUUAGCACCAGCUACUGAUCAUGUGGAAGAAAGUUUAACUUUGCCAAAGUUAAUUACUUAAGAAUUUCCACACCAAAAAAAAAACAAAGAAUUGGUCUCCAAGUGUUUCAAUUCUAGUUUAUGUUCAUAUAACAUGCCUGAAUUGGUGAUGUUAUAGCUGCUGUCGGUAGUUCUGUGUUUUUUUUUUUUUUUAUGUCUAUGGGAAAAGGAAGUCAUGUAUGGAUGUACGUAAAUGAAAUUGAAGCAUUAUGAGUCUCUGAUUCAAGUAUUAUUAUCCAAAA